AGUCUUGGCGAGGAGUCGCGGUAGGUCGGCGGGACUUCCGUGUUGGCGGGAUUCUGAACGCUGCCAUGGCUCAGACCGUGCAGAAUGUUACAUUGUCGCUCACUCUGCCCAUCACGUGCCACAUUUGCUUGGGGAAGGUACGUCAGCCUGUCAUAUGUAUCAACAACCAUGUAUUUUGUUCGAUUUGUAUUGAUUUGUGGUUGAAGAAUAAUAGCCAGUGUCCAGCUUGCAGAGUCCCCAUCACUCCUGAAAAUCCUUGCAAAGAAAUUAUAGGAGGAACAAGUGAAAGUGAACCUACGCUAAGCCACACAGUCAGGAAGCAUCUUCGGAAAACUAGACUUGAAUUACUACACAAAGAGUAUGAGGACGAAAUAGAUUGUUUACAGAAAGAAGUAGAAGAGCUUAAGAGUAAAAAUCUCAGCUUGGAGUCACAGAUCAAAACUAUUCUGGAUCCUUUAACCUUGGUGCAGGGCAACCAAAAUGAAGACAAACAUCUAGUCACAGAUAACCCAACUAAAAUUAACCCAGAAACUGUAGCAGAGUGGAAGAAAAAACUCAGAACAGCUAAUGAAAUCUAUGAAAAAGUGAAAGAUGAUGUGGAUAAGCUAAAGGAGGCAAAUAAAAAAUUGAAAUUGGAAAAUGGUGGCCUGGUGAGGGAGAAUUUACGACUGAAGGCUGAAGUUGAUAACAGAUCACCUCAAAAGUUUGGAAGGUUUGCAGUUGCUGCUCUUCAGUCCAAAGUAGAACAGUAUGAGCGUGAAACCAAUCGCCUCAAGAAAGCCCUGGAACGAAGUGAUAAGUAUAUAGAGGAACUAGAAUCUCAAGUUGCACAGCUAAAAAAUUCAAGUGAAGAGAAGGAAGCUAUGAAUUCCAUUUGCCGGAGAGCACUUUCUGCAGAUGGCAAAGGGAGCAAAGGCAGUGAGGAGGAGGUGGCAUCAAAGAAUCAAGGCGAUAGUGCCAGAAAGCAGCCUGGCUCAUCCACCACCAAUUCUUCUCACCCAGCAAAGCCUUCCAGCAGCCGACUGUGUGACACCAGUUCUGCGAGGCAGGAAAGUACCAGCAAAGCAGAAAUUAACUGUUCUAAGAACAAAGACCUAUAUCAAAAACAGGUAGAAAUAAUGUUAGAUGUGACAGAUACAAGUAUGGAUACUUAUUUGGAAAGAGAAUGGGGGAACAAACCAAGUGACUGUGUACCCUACAAAGAUGAAGAACUUUAUGAUCUUCCAGCUCCUUGUACUCCUUUGUCCCUUAGUUGCCUUCAGCUCAGUACUCCAGAAAAUAGAGAGAGCUCUGUGGUCCAAGCAGGAGGUUCCAAAAAGCACUCAAACCAUCUCAGAAAAUUGGUGUUUGAUGAUUUUUGUGAUUCUUCAAAUGUUUCUAAUAAAGAUUCUUCAGAAGAUGAUAUAAGUAGAAGUGAAAAUGAAAAGAAAUCAGAAUGUUUUUCUUCCCCAAAGACAGGAUUUUGGGACUGUUGUUCCACAAGCUAUGCCCAAAACUUAGAUUUUGAAAGUUCAGAGGGGACCACAAUAGCAAAUUCUGUUGGAGAAAUAUCUUCAAAAUUGAGUGAGAAAUCAGGCUCAUGUGUAUCCAAGAGGUUGAAUUCUAUUCGCUCUUUUGAAAUGAACCGGACAAGAACAUCCAGUGAAGCAUCGAUGGAUGCUGCUUACCUUGACAAAAUCUCUGAGUUGGAUUCUAUGAUGUCAGAGUCAGACAACAGCAAGAGCCCUUGUAAUAACGGUUUUAAGUCACUGGAUUUGGAUGGGUUAUCAAAGUCAUCUCAAGGCAGUGAAUUUCUUGAGGAACCUGAUAAGUUGGAAGAAAAAACUAAGCUAAACCUUUCCAAAGGUUCUCUAACUAAUGAUCAGUUAGAAAAUGGAAAUGAAUGGAAACCCACUUCUUUUUUUCUCCUCUCUCCAUCUGACCAAGAAAUGAAUGAAGAUUUUUCACUCCAUUCCAGUUCUUGUCCAGUAACUGAUGAAAUCAAACCCCCAAGCUGCUUGUUUCAGACAGAGUUUUCCCAGGGCAUUUUGUUAAGCAGUUCACAUCGACUAUUUGAAGAUCAAAGGUUUGGGUCAUCUUUGUUUAAGAUGUCCUCAGAGAUGCACAGUCUUCAUAACCACCUUCAGUCUCCUUGGUCUACUUCCUUUGUGCCUGAAAAGAGGAAUAAAAAUGUGAAUCAGUCAACAAAAAGAAAAAUCCAGAGCAGCCUUUCCAAUGCCAGCCCAUCAAAAGCAACUAAAAGUUGACUCAUUAGAAAGGUGUCAUUUGUAGUUUUGUCCUGAGAGAAAUAGAAAAGUUGUUAAAGUUACCUUUUUUCCUCAGAAAAGUUCUAUACAAAUUGGAAUUGAUAAUCUUUAGUCAAGUAUCAAGUCAGGAUGGUGGAUUAACCUGUACCCAGAAUGCUUUUUGUUCAUUUUGAAAAGAUUUUGGUCUUUUCAUUUUUAUUUGGGGGGUCUUUGUGACCAGAGAAGUUAGGGAGGAGGUUAUUUUUGUGUUUUGGGGUUGGUUGGUUUUUUUUUUUUUUUUUUUUUUUUUUUUUUUAACUGAAUUUGAUAUGUAUCUCGGUUGGGUGUACAUUGUUUUUUAAAAAAUGUUAUUUAACUGUCAGAUACAGUGGCCUGUUGAUAAGCCCCACUUGUCUUCAGAACUUGGAUUUUUUAAAUAAAACUUUUAGUGUUGUCUAUACACUGCUCAGUAAGACACUUGAGUUUCUUUAAGUUUUUCCUAGGGUGGAAAUUAUUUUACAUGUCCCUUUUUAUUUAUGUUCAGUGAUGGCCUAAUUUUUCUGCAGGGCCGUGAUUGAGAAAUAGCACUCUAACCUUAGUCCAAUAUUGAUUUACUUUUUUUUUUUUUUUUUGGUUUUAUGCAUAUAUUUGCAUUUUUUAGCAUUGUGUUUUGUCCAGUUUUGUGAAAAUGUUCUGCUAGUAUGAAAGAAUACAUUUUCUAUAUGAAAACAUUUGUUUUAUGUUAGGUAGCUUAUAUUUUCUCAUCUUUGUGUGUGUAUGUGUGUGUGUGUGUGUGUGUGUGUAAAAUCAGAAAUUUAGCAUAUUAUGGAAAGAAGGCAUGGAGCACUUGGGUUUAGAGGGACCUAAAACAUCAUAGCUUCAUUGUUCCAGAUGUACAGGUUUGAAAGAGCUCAUCGCCAAGUUCUUGAUCCACUUACAUUCCAGGGGAGUUUUCUUUUGAGUAAUAUGUUUCUUGUUUGCAUGUUACUGUUCUUUGUGGCAACUAUGCAUGGUAGCAUUUUUGCUUGCUGUGUUUUCCAUACUUAAGAAAAAGAGGUUUCAGUUGACUGAUAGAAUAUCUUUUAUGUAGGACAAAACUUUUCUGUGAAGAGUGUUGAGGGGGUGAGGAUAGGUAAGAGGUAAGCACAAUUUUUAAUUUAGGCUCUGAAAAAGUGUAUUGUUCUGAACAUAUUUGGUAUGCCUAUAUAGGCCUUUAAAAAUGGGUUUGUAUGCUGUUUAAUGUGCACUGAACAUUUUACAUUAAUAUUAUACUGUUUUACAUUAAUACUGCAUGCUUUUCUAUGUGAAUUGAAUAAAGAAUGUCAUAAGCACUGUAUUC